ACUGGAGUGUGUGUGGAGACAGAGCUGGGAAGUGUGUGUGAGGAGUGUAGUGGCAGUGUGGACAUGUCACAGUUCACUCUGGGAGCCUGAUCAAGCUGGUGGACGUGGUCAAGACUUGAUAUUAUACCUAAGAUGAGGACCCAGUUUGGAGUUUUGUUUUUGUUGACCCUGUGGGUGGUCUACUCUGAUGCUUGGUUCUGGGCCUGGACCGGUACUACAACUUUGCCCCCAACAGUGGACCAUGAGGGGUCUGGCAGUCCAGCAGGUAGUGGAGAACCACCAUCAGAGAAUAUUGUAAGCGUUGGAGCCGAGAUCAUUGAUGAAGGACAUGGGAUCCAAAAGGUUGCACAGACUUGGGACGAAACCACUGAGGGACUUCGACUGACCACUCUAAUACCUACAACACAACCGGAGAAUGAACGUGCAUCAGAAAAGGGAACGGCAGGGAUUUCGGCACGCAUACGUAAACCUGAAGACAGUGGAGUCUCUCUGCUACAGCUGAUUGGGGAUCCUCCUCCAAGUACGAUCACCCAGGUCUAUGGGCCCGACAACAGCCCUGGAUAUGUCUUUGGCCCUGAUGCCAACACGGGCCAGCUGGCCCGCGCCCACCUGCCCAACCCAUUCUACCGAGACUUCGCCCUCAUCUUCAACCUGAAACCCACCUCCGAAAAGGGCGGCGUCAUCUUCUCCGUCACAGAUGCCGCGCAGCAGAUCAUGUAUGUGGGCGUUAAACUGUCAGCCGUGCAGGGCGCCAACCAGAAUGUCAUCCUGUACUACACUGAGCCCGACUCGCAGCAGUCGUAUGAGGCGGCCAGCUUCCUUGUGCCCUCCAUGAGGGAUACCUGGAAUCGUUUUGCGAUCGCUGUGAGGGAUGAAAAGGUGAUGUUCUACCUCAACUGUGACACAGACCCUCAGGUGAUGCGCAUUGAGAGGUCACCGGACGAGAUGGAGCUGGAGGCCGGUGCUGGGGUCUUUGUCGGGCAAGCUGGAGGAGCUGAUCCUGACAAGUUUCUGGGGGUGAUCGGUGAGCUGAGGGUGGUGGGAGACCCCCGUGCUGCUGAGAGGCUCUGUGAAGAGGAUGAAGAUGACUCCGACAUGGCUUCAGGUGAAGGAAGCGGCUAUGAAGAAACCAGACCGGCCGUGGAGAAACAUAGAUGGACGCAGACUACUCCUCCAUCCUCCCGGCCCAUUCAGCAGCCACCACUGACCAGGACAGACGAGGUGACAAUUGCAAGAGAAACGGCGAGUGACUCCCAGCACGUUUCAGUCUCUGUGGAGUCCAGGCCCGGACUUCCUGGGUCACCAGGGCCAGUUGGGGCUAAAGGAGAAAGGGGAGACCGUGGGGAUACAGGACUAAAAGGAGACAGGGGUCCAAUCGGGCCGAAGGGGGAGGCUGGCUCGGGCUCCAGCUCACGAGGUGGAGCCCGUGGAGACAAGGGAGAACCAGGGGAAAAGGGAUCAAAGGGCAGUGCAGGCUUUGGCUACCAAGGCAAGAAGGGAGAGCCCGGCCCCUCUGGGAUACCCGGUCCCCCCGGCCCUCCAGGGCCCGCGACCGAGUUUUCAGUCGACAGUGACGGCUCAGUUGCUUCCAGAGUCCCCGGACCCCGAGGUCCAGCUGGAUCACAAGGUGCCGCGGGCCCCCAGGGACCACCAGGAGCUGAUGGAGAGCCAGGCGAUCCUGGCGAGGAUGGAAAUCCCGGUUCUGAUGGACCUCCAGGCUUCCCAGGAACCCCAGGUGACACUGGACCUAUAGGAGAGAAGGGAGACCGUGGAGAGGGUCAACCUGGCCCCAGGGGAUCCCCAGGACCUCCGGGACCCCCAGGACCAGGACUCAGACCUACUUUUGUUGACAUGGAAGGCUCAGGGUUCCCUGAUCUGGAAUCUGUUCGGGGACCGCCUGGCCUACCAGGUCCCCCUGGUCCCCCCGGUCUUCCAUCUACAGCAGGCACAGCAUCAAGUUCUGGGGCAUUCGGACCACCAGGAAAGGACGGGGCUCCCGGUCAACCUGGAUUGGCUGGUUGGCCGGGUACUGAUGGCAUCCCAGGAGUUUCUGGUCCCAAGGGAGAGAAGGGUGAUUCAGGCGAGUUGGGUCUUCCAGGAGCAGUUGGAGAGAAGGGAUCUGGAGGAGACCCUGGUUUACCGGGAACUUCAGGAGAGCCCGGACUGGCUGGUCUGCCUGGACCCAUCGGACCAGUUGGGCAACCUGGGCCUCCCGGGCCUCCUGGAUCAAGCUAUCGUGUUGGAUUUGAUGACAUGGAGGGCUCUGGUGGAGGUUUCAGCAAUGGACUCCCUGGCAUCAGAGGACCUGAAGGAAGACAGGGUUCUCCUGGCUUGCCUGGACUUCCGGGUAAAGCUGGGUUGCCUGGUGUACCAGGUCAGAAGGGCAGUGAAGGUCUUACAGGAAGAGAUGGACGACCAGGUUUGGAUGGCUUCCCUGGACCUCAGGGACCAAAGGGUAACAGUGGUGACAAAGGAGAUAGGGGUGACCCAGGUCGGGAUGGAACUGGACUCCCAGGUCCACCUGGCCCACCUGGCCCACCAGGACAAAUCAUCCACCAGACAUCUAGCAGUGUCGAUGUUGGCAAUGUUGGGCCUCAGGGGGGACCUGGUUUACCUGGUCAAGCUGGAUUCCCUGGUCCUAUUGGACCAAAGGGCGACAGAGGAGACCCUGGUCUUCCAGGCUACGGAGGGAAGGGUGAGAAAGGUGAACCAGGCUUAAUAAUCGGACCUGAUGGAAAUCUUCUGCACAUGGAAGGGCUUACAGGACCGAAGGGGGACAGAGGAUCACCUGGACCUGUUGGACCCUCUGGCCAGUAUGGGCCUGCUGGAUUAAAGGGUGAAUUUGGAAUGCCUGGAAGACCUGGCCGCCCUGGUGUAAACGGGUACAAGGGUGAGAAAGGAGAGGCAACAGUUGGUUCUGGCUAUAGCUACCCAGGAGUCCCUGGCCAACCAGGACCACCCGGACCACCUGGACCCCCUGGGCCAGCCAUUCCCUUAGAUCGCUUCAAUCGCUAUGAUGAACCUUCAAGGAAUUACCCAGCAUCGAAAGGGGAAAAAGGAGAGCAUGGUGACCGAGGACUUCCAGGAAUUCCAGGAACAGCCUCUAAUUUUGAUAUUUACACAUUCAAGAAUGAACUGAAGGGAGAGCGUGGAGGCCUAGGUGUGAAGGGAGAAAAGGGAGAUUCUGGUGGUGGAUAUUAUGACCCACGUUUUGGAGGAGUACAAGGCCAACCAGGGCCUCCUGGAAAACCAGGCCUACAGGGUCCAAAGGGAGAACACGUAUUGGGCCCUCCUGGACCCCAGGGGCCACCAGGAACACCUGGGAUUGGUUACGAUGGGCGUCCAGGUCCUCCAGGACAACCUGGACCUCCAGGACCCCAAGGAUCUCCCUCGCAUCCUGGAGCAUAUAGGCCCAAUCACUCCGUCAGUGUUCCUGGACCUCCUGGUCCACCUGGUGCACCUGGAAGUCCUGGUCACUCCUCUGGGGUUACUGUUUUGAGGUCAUAUGACACAAUGGUAGCUACUGCCAGACACCAGGCAGAGGGCAGCCUCAUCUACAUCAUUGACAAAGCAGACCUCUAUUUGAGAGUACGCGAUGGACUGCGGCAAGUCAUGCUUGGAGACUACAAUCCCUUCUUCAGAGAUCUGAAGAACGAGGUGGCAGAGGUCCAGCCUUCACCUGUGAUCCUGUACCCCCAGUCCCAGGACCAGUCCAACAACAACGGAGCUGGCCAUUACUCCCAGGGUGGUUCUGCCAUACGACCCAUUGAGCCCCCACCACACCCACCCGUAGACCCCAGAUACCCCCCACAGUAUGAUCCCAGAUUCCCAGACCCGAGACACACCGGUCAAACAGAUGGAAGAUUAGCCACCCAACACACAGAGAACAGAUACCCUGUAACUCCGCAGCGCCGCCCCAGCCCACCUGUACUGCAGCCUGCUGGCCAUGGGGACCCAUCAGCAUCAGGGCUACAUCUCAUUGCCUUGAACGCCCCUCAAACUGGUAACAUGCGAGGAAUUCGAGGGGCAGACUUCCUGUGCUUCCAGCAGGCCCGGGCGGUAGGCCUGAAGGGAACCUUCAGAGCUUUCCUGUCCUCCAAGCUUCAAGACCUCUACACCAUCGUCCGCAGGUCGGACAGGGAGACCUCCCCCAUCGUCAACCUCAAGGAUCAAGUGUUGUUCAGCAGUUGGGAGUCCGUCUUCAGUGACACAGCAAGCAAAAUGAGGGAGAAUGUACCAAUCUAUUCCUUCGAUGGUAGAGACAUCGUCAGGGACAGCGCAUGGCCACAGAAAAUGGUCUGGCAUGGAUCAAGCAACAAAGGCCACCGGCAAACAGACCACUACUGUGAAACAUGGCGGGCGGGCGACCAGGCUGUGACUGGCCUGGCAUCAUCACUACAGAGCGGCCACCUCCUGCAGCAAACCUCCAGUAGUUGCUCCGGCUCCUACGUCGUCCUCUGCAUUGAAAACGCCUUCACAUCACACUCCAAAAAAUAAAUCACGUCCAUCCGCCUUUUCUUUUUUGUUUGUUCUGGGCCUUAGUUAAACACCGUUUGAAUUUCCAGAGAACACGCCUGGUGAACAUGUGGCGUCCAAUGAACUGGCCCUGUGGCUCUUUGCCUGACAGAGACGCUUUGCAUUGUCUGCUCCUCCCCUCCAUAAACGCCAAAGAGAUGGGUCGAACAGAGGGGGGUGUUGGUCCUUUUUCUCGGGGGCAUUGACACAUAUUUUUCUCCGAUGGGCGGAACGAGAGCGGAGAAGCUAAAUGUGUUCUCAAAUUGUAUCCAUUUUUUAAAUAUUCUGUAUAUUACAUGUUUGUUGUUUGUGUUUUUUUUUUGUUUUUUUGACGAUAUCAAUGUUUUACCUUUUGAACCGUUUAUAAAAAUGCUAUAUCCAUCCUGUUAUUUUUUAUUUUUAUUUUAGGUAUUGAUCAUUUCCACAUUUUUUCCAAUUUCAUUUUAGAAUUGUGGGUUAUGACGGGGAACAGCAAACGUUUAAAGACUAUUUUUAAGAAGAUAAUAGAUAUUUAUUUUUAAAUGAAGUUAUGUAAGGAAAAAUAAAUGAUUUGGAAAAAUAAAAAAUGCUAAAUACCCUCCUUUAUAUUCUACACAGCACAGAACAUUUAAUUCUUUUCAAAAAAGCUCCUGAUCAGAAACUGUGCCUUAUUACACAAUCGGGAUUGCUUUACAAAAUAACCUCGUGUAGUGAACCACUCCUUUUGUAUGCAUUUUUCUGCAAAUAUGUAAAUGUUACAGCGGCUUUGGUUCACUUCACACUAAAUUUAAAUGACCUUGUUGGACACAGACACUACUGCAAUGAAUAAUCCCACAUCCAGAGGGCAAGAUUCAUUCUAGCUGAAAUUGAGCCUUUUGAAUCUAAAAUGAUUAUUUUACCACUUUAUAAAAACCAUCAGUGAGUAAGCUGGAAAUGAUUAGUUUGCUGCUAAUCUUUGUUGGAGUGAUUGCUGUCACACAUGUUAGGGACAGAAAAACCAGUAUGUUAAGGACAGAGCAGCUUUUGCAGUAGCCUUAUUUAAAUUUCAGAGACUAACCUGGCCUUAGUGCUGCCGAUGUCUUGACUGAACCUGUGGAUAUCCAUUUUUAUAACAAAUUGUGCUGUACUGUUUCUCCCGGGCACUGAAUAAAAGUCUUUUUCAACUACAA